AUGAAACACAUUGAGGAUAGAGAAUCACUUUGCAAGCAUAGUAAGGCUCAGGGGCAAACAUCACUUGAAACAGUACGCAAAGACCGAACAAUGGAGAAAAAACACAGAGAGAUUUUUUUAAGCAAUUUACCAGACUUUGUGGAACAAGUGGACCCACAGCAGCUGCUUACAUAUUUGCCAUGUUUGUCCAAAAGUAGUAGGGAAAGAGUAGAUACUGCACAAAAAUCUGUGUCAAGAAGUUAUGCGGCUCAAGUACUACAUAGUCAUCUUGAAAGGCGACCAGAGGGAUUUCGACAGCUCGUACUAGCGCUCCGGCAUGAAAAUGUUGGCUGCACAGAACUAGCAGACCGUUUAGAUCCUCAACAUUGCUACGAUCCAUCUUAUGAAGAAAGAGAAUCACUUUGCAAGCAUAGUAAGGCUCAGGGGCAAACAUCACUUGAAACAGUACGCAGAGAUGGACGCAGUGUGACUUGUUCAAGGCAUGGCAAAGUGACAUCUAGUGUUUUGAAAGAGUCAUCUCAAAAACCAGCAAAACCAAAUACAACCAACAUAGAUGCAGUAUCACUUGAUACCAACCGACGGAAAUUAAGGUACGGUAGAAGUAAUAGUGAUACUACAGAAGCAGCAAAACAUCUGGUCAGUAUUCCAUCAUUUGUAAAGUCACGCUCUGAGGCAGCUCUUGCUAAAUAUUUUGAUGAUAAAUGCACUUUGAAUACUCUACACGAAGAACGUUCAAUUUCAAGCCGACCUAAUGAUCGGGAGCGUGAUAUACCACUUACAGAAGCAUGAAAUAUUGAUUAUAUACACAAUAAAUAACAAACGAGCAUAUAUAGUGCAUGUUGCCAGAUGUUUGAGCUUAGCUUUAAAAGCAGAGUGAAAUAUGAAAAUGAUUUUCACUUAUAUGCUUAUCUGUGUACAACAAAAUAACAGAAAUUGAAAUUUCAUAACUGAGCCUUAUUGCAAUACAAGCAAAUUGGAAGAAUAUCAGUUUAACCCCCGAGUCUGAGAUGGCUUCAAACUUGUUUUGACUUUGCAUCUCUCAAUUUUAGACCCCUACCGAUUGUUUUACAUCAUUUCAUCCGUCCAUUAUUCAUAGCCGCUUUGUUGAUAAUACAUUGUAUGCGGUAACCGGUCACUCAGUGAGAUGAAUAUGAUUGCCGAUAAAUACUUGCAUGUUGAUAGAAGUCCAUGUGUAGAUUAUGAGCGUCACUUGUAUUUUCUAUCCAUUGGUUUGCCUCACAAAAGAUUUCCAUGGAUAAAAUGUUCAAAGGCUAGUACGUUGCAUCUUUUAAAAAGGCCCGUGA